GCUCUGCUCCGGCUUCCCCAGCUCCCAGGAGAGGUUUCAUUGUGGUAUCCUGACUUGGCCGAGCAGAAGGGCUCAGUCCCUGCAGCACCUGUGUGUGGUGCUAGGGCUGGGGGGGCACUGCAUGUUGCUGGGCAGACCUCAGCCCUUGAGGAGGCUGCUGCAGCUUGUAGCCCCAGCAAGAUGCACUGCAGACAAGGCUGCUCUGUCCUCGGGGGCUUCUGCACCCUUCCAGUGCUGCCUCCCGAGGGAUGGGGGGAUCAGCAGCACCUCAUGGACUCGGUGCUCAGGCACAGGGAGGUGUCGGGACUCUCCCUCUCCUCUGUAAAAGCUGUGUCUGGUGGUUUCUAGGAGCUUGCACCCGUGACAUGGGCAGUACCUCUUGCCCCAUCCUUCCCCUCUGGGCUCGGGCUUCCUCUCCAUUCCUGGCAGGAGCUAGCACUGAACAAGGCUCUGUGCUCAAGUGCAUAAAUCUGGCAUGGCAGGAGGCCUCCUGAGGACCCUCAAGAACAGCACUUGCCCUUGCAGUGGGGCAAGGAAGCUCCCUCCAUCUGUAUCCACUCCUAUUCCCUCUCCUUCCUCCCUCUUGUUUCCACCAAGUCUCAGCUCGUUCUUCCCCAAACUGAAUUCCAGGAUAGCACCAGAGCCAUGGCCAGUGGUCAUUUUUCCCUUCAGGCACAGUUUGCUCCUCCAGCAGCUCCCUAGUCAGCUUUUCCCUGGGAUUGCCACCUCUGCUACAGUGCUGGAGGUAGUCCCCAGCCUCACGUGUCUGUGUCUCUCCUGAUGGUGAGGUGCCUGAUCUGUCAGACUGUGCAGGAGCCCUUCUCUGGUGACAGCAUUGCUGUUAGUGCUGCCAUCCUUCAGGGUUGUGACAGAAACUUUCUGCCUGCUGGCACUUCAUGAGCUCUGCUCUUAGCCUGUGCCAGGGAGCUCCUGGGUUUGUGCUCACACUGCUUAGAUUUCCUUCCUUCUCCUUGGGUUCAGAUAAGACCAAUAGAGUUGUGAUUUAUUCUCCAGUCUGUUUCCAGCCGUUUCUGUUGCUUCUUCUCUUGCUUUGUACUCUGCUUGUUCUGAGGAUGACUAUUGGCCAUCUUCUAAUGAUGGCCCUUCUUUUUUCUGGCUGUGUGGUUCCUGCUUCACCCUCAGUGAGGCCACCAGUGUCUCUCCAUAGCUCUUCCGAUGAGGAAGCAGGAGAGAAUAAGGCAGCAAAAGCCACCUAGGGGUUGGUUUGGGGUUUUUUGUGGUCUAAAUCGUGCAAAGACCUCUGUUGGCCCUGCCAGCCACCAGGCUGGUCCUCUGUCCCAGGCAGCAAUGCCCGUGUCAAAGCCUCUUGUCCACUGGCCACGUGUUCCUUCAGACUGGCUGACAGUGCUGCUCUGGGAAGCCACUGGAUGCCCCCUGGAUGAGUGUGGCAACUUUACUCAUAGCUUUUGCUCUCUUCCUUGCACUGGUGCUGUGCUACCACCCCUGCCAGGCUCCCAAGGGCUCUGCCUUGUGACAGAUAACCUCCCUACUCCACACUCAUCCCUCUUCCUCUCCGGCUGGCACAGUACAGCUCCAACAGCAAGAGAUCCUUUUGCAGGCUGCAGCCCAGCAUGUGGUUCUGCUGCUGCAUUGCCCAGCCAGGGACCCGUCCUCACUCGCCAUCCUGCUCUGUUGCCUCCAGACUGAGACCAUGGUCUGUUAAUCCUGGUUUCCCCCUGGAUGUGCUAAUAGGAAUGGAACCAGCAGGCAUCAAAGCUGCAGUGCCCGUGGAUUAUGACCACAGGGGAGCUGUGUUGCAUCUGCAGAUCUCUAUUGUGCAUCAAGGGCACAUCUGAACAGAGCCACUGUGGACACUGAAGAGCUGGAGAGGACGCUGCAGAGGUUCGGAGGCACACCGUGAUGGUGGGAGCCAUUCCACGGCAGCCACGCCGCUUCUGGGGGGUGCCUGACUGGCAGGUGUCUUCAGCUAAUUGUGCCAACGACCACCUGCUGCGGAGCAGGGAGGUUAAUCCAGAGCAAAGCAGGGUCCUGCUGCAGAGGGAUGCUGUGCUGCAGAGCAGCUCAUAGUAGAGUGCUCACACAGAGAUCCUGAACGAGAGAGGGCCUAGCUCCCACCCCUUGCCCUUGCACCCUGACCUGUGGCACUUUACAGUCCCCCUCCCGCUGCUGCAUGGGCUCUGCUCGGAGUCCCAGCAAGUGAGGCUCCAUGCGGCACAUCCACGCAGAGACGUCUCUGCCCCCGGAGCGCAGCACAGACCCCAGUCUGUCCCGGCCCAGCGGGGAGACACCCUUGGAGCCUUCCUCGCAGUGCUGCACCCACCGCAGCAUCCUCAUGGGCUACAAUGAGACAGAGAUCAAGCGCCAGAAGGUUUACCAGGUGUCCAUCUUCUCCCAUCUCUCCAGCUCCUCUGAGAGCACGGAGCAGCGGGCAGGCACCCGGCCAGCUGUCAAGAGGGGAUACCCCGAGCAGCGAACUCCGGAGGUGGGGCGAGAUCCCAAACGAACUCACUGGGGUGACAGGGGGGUGGAUGGGGGCCCUGGGCAGCCUUCCCUGGAUGAUGAUGAUACCUUUGAGGAUGGUCUGCUGGUGGAGGAGCUCUCCCUUUGCGGCUCUGCCCAGCACUUCUCCCACAGUGGGCUGAAGGUGGUGGAGCACCGCUGUGAGGGCAGCCCUAGCCACAGCCCCAAAGCCAGCAGAGAGGACAAGUUGCAGGAUGUCUCCUCCUCCUCUUCCUUAUCCUCCUCCUCCACCUCCUCCACCUCCUCCUGGCCCCGGCACAUUGCUUGCAGUACUUUGCACAUGAGAGACAGUUGCUCUGUCUCAUCAGGGGAUCAGCCCAUAGACUAUGGAGAGAAUGGGGAGCCGGCAAGUGGCCACAAUGUACUUCAUCUUGAAUUGCACAGUAUUGCACAAACAGCCCAGUUGGACCCUGGUGGGAAGAGAGAGAAGCUAGGGAGCAGCCCAGCUCACACCAGCAGGGCUAGUGAAGAAGCAGAAGGGCCAGCAGUGGCCAAUGGAUUCAGGGAGUCCCCAGUUCUGCAGACAGCGCUCAGCCCCGAGCCCAGCAACCUGAGCUCCCAGGAGAUGACACCCUGUGGGAGCAGCCAGCUCAGCAGCACCUGCCCAGCCAAAAGGAAGUUGCUCCCUGCUAGCGAGGUGAUGGCCGACUCCUGCUCUGAGGAUGAGAGCCUGUCCCCACCAGCAAGGAAGAAGAGGGUCCUGCCAUGCCAUCCUGUGCCCACAGCCUGCCGCAGCACUGAUGCCAAGGGAGCUCCGUUCUGGAAUCACCUGCUUCCUGCAGCCAAGAGCUCUUCAGAUUGCACUGCGGUCGGGAGGAGGCUGAAGAGUGGGCUGCGCCUCAAAUCGCGACAUCUCCGGACCAGUCUCCGGAGGGGCACCAGAUCUCCCACAGCGCCCUGGGCCACCACCACUGUCAGCCAUGCUCUGCUGGGCAACUUUGAGGAGUCCAUCCUGAAGGGACGCUUUGCACCAUCAGGGAGGAUCGAGGGUUUCACAGCAGAGAUCGGUGCCAGUGGCUCCUACUGUCCCCAGCAUGUCACCCUGCCUGUCGACGUCACCUACUUCGACAUCUCUGAACACAGCGUGCCCUCGCCUUUCCUGGGAGUGAUUGACUUGGAGGCCUUGGGAAAGAAGGGUUACAGUGUCCCCAAAGCUGGAACCAUCCAAGUGACCUUAUUUAACCCCAACAAGACUGUGGUGAAGAUGUUCUUGGUGACAUACGACUUCCAGGACAUGCCGGCCAAUCACAUGACCUUUCUACGCCAUCGCAUCUUCCUGGUACCCGUGGGGGAGGAGGAGGGGUCCACAGUGGCCCCCAGUGAUGCACUGGGCACCAGCCCACCCCGCAGGGUCCUCUGCUACCUGAUGCAUCUGAGGUUUCACAGCUCCAAGUCGGGGAAGAUCUACCUUCAUGACGACAUUCGGCUGCUUUUCUCACGCAAGUCGAUCGAGGUGGAUUCGGGGAUCCCCUACGAACUUAAAUCCUUCACAGAGAUGCCGCGGAACCCCUGCUACUCACCCCGGGCCUGACCUUCCUCAUCCCUUGCCCCCCAGGGCCACUGGGGAGCCUGCAGCCCAGUACUCUGGGGAGAAAUGAGUAAAGGGCCAGCAAGCACUGCUUAGAGAUACCACCCACCCUCCUGAGCAGCACAGACACCACACUCUGCAGCAGGGCUGGGAUCCCAGGGGGCUUCACCAAGAGGGGCAAGGACUGAGGAGCAGCCCUGGCACUCCAGGGACGUGCCCAUGCCUUCUGCAGGCACUACUCCCAGCUUGGAGACUUGGCUGUGGCUGAGGUGGGUGGGUGUGGAGUGAAGAGUUGGACUGGAGCUGUGAGUAAGACCACCCUCACUGGUCCUGGAUCUGGGAGCAGAAAGUGUGGAAGAGUUUGUAUUUAUUAGUAUUUAUUGUUGCUGGGAGCACAGAGGAGGCUCGUGCAGAGGAUCAGAAGUGCUGUGCUUGUCCUUCCCCCCUGCCCUGCCUGCACCAGGCUGCCUGUGUUUGGGCAGGGCUGGGGGGACUAUGAGGAUGACUAGGGACGGGGAUACCUCAGCCCAUGGUAGGGAGAGUGACCCAGUGCUCACACAGUGCUCCCAGGUGAAGGGUGUGUUAAAAGCCCUGGGACAGGCUGAGCCUCGCUGGCACCACCUUUGCAGGGCCAGCCCAACUCCAAGCAGCUUGGGGAGGCCUGUGAGUCUUUUAGGGCAAGCCAGACCUCAAGAGGCCAAUGGCUGUCAAGGAAGUGGCCACUGUCAGGUUCCUGAAGGUAAGAGACACAGCUGUCACGUGGAUGGGGAUCUGGGGCUCUUUGCAGGAAUAUGGGGAUAGCCCUUUGGGCAAGAGCCUUCAGAGCACGUGAGCUGUGGAUCUGAGAAGAUUGCCAAAAAAAACCCGGAACCUUGCACUGCCUGUGGGUGUGGGGUGAAUCCCAUGCAGGAGACAGCUUUGGGCAGGGGUCUGCUGGCAGCGUGAUCAGGGGCUGGAGGAUGGUCAGGAGCCCCAGUUUAGUCCCUGGGAAGUGGGGAAGCAACAGAGGACAUCAAACCCUGGGAGCUGGGCCAGAUCCUCAGAGGCAGGACUGGGAGAAUCCAGACUGGGGCAGUCAGAGGGGCAUAAAACAAGGAUAAAACAAGCUUGCACAUGCCCUGUCUGUAUCACCGCUCUGCUCUCUGAGGGUCUCAGCAAGGGUCCCCCUGCCAGCCCAGGCUGUAGGGAUCCUCAGCCCCUGCGUCAGAGGGAACACGAGGGGGUCAGGCCUGACCCCAUCAGCUCCCAGCCCUGGGGCUGAGACCCCAGCGCGGGGGGCUCGGUGUGGGGAUGGCCAGGAGUGGGGCUCGGUCCUGCCCUGCCCUGUCCGAGGGCAGCGAGGGGCUCCGGCCCUGCUGCACUGGGGUUAGGAAGCCUGAACCUGCCCCUAUACUCACACUGGGGGCCCGAGCUCCCCAAACGAAGGCUUUGAACCCACCUCACACCGGGGAUUGCUCCCCCUAAACCGGGACCCUGAACCCCCCCGCCCUCGGGCGCCGCCGUGACACCCGAGUCCCCCUCGCCCCCAGGUCACCGGGGCUACCCCUCCCGCCGUGGCCUUGUGGGCUCGCGAAGGCCGUGCCGGUACUUUCCGUGUUCGUUUCUAAUUUAAUAAACGUCUGUUUGGAGCUCCAGAACGA